AGUUGUAUGUACGGUUCGUGGCCCUCGUGUGUAUGUGUGUAUGUGUACGUGCUACCAUGUGUGUGUAUGUUUGUGUAUGUGUGCACAUUACGGGAGACCCGUUCAAGACGUUUGCUUCCAGUUUCGAAGGCUCCAUUCGGCGUCGUCUCGUCAACCGGGAGCGAAGAAGUUCCAAAGUCCGGGUUGAGCGUGUCGCUAAAAAGUUUUCCUUGGAAGCCCUCGUUCUGGAUCUGGCCCAGGUUCCAGGGAAUCGGCUCCACGGCGGAAUGUCCGAAUCAGUGUCCUAACCAAUAGCGGCCUUGUCCUGUGUCCCCCUUUGGAGGCGACGAAUGGAUAAGUUAUUCCUUAAAGUUCCUAUCGAAGUGCAACACGAUGCUGUAUAGAUGUGUAUAGUGAAUUGAAGCUGUGAGAUGCUUCCCGUAACGAAAGUUCCUUAAGCUAGCAAAGAAUAAGAAAAUGUAGGCCAAAGUGUGCUUGUUGUAUAGAAAAUAAGUUGUCAAGUCAACACCGAAAGUUCCUCUAAGCUCAUCGGAGAAAAAGUCUCCAACAAAAUAGCAGCAACAGCAAGUGAAAGUUUUGUGCCACUCAAAUCUGUCUGGUAAAAGUUUUUUUCUGUUUCUGAAACGAAAAGAAAGUCAAAAUUUAUUCAAAAGUUUGUGAUAGUGAAAAGAAAAGCUGGUUGCCCCUGAAAGGCGGCUAUUAGCUCUGGCACCGAGCAAAGCCAUAUACCUGUGAAUGGCGUCGCGCAUCCGGCGUUCGUCGAGCAGAAGAAAGUGAAAUCCUAAUUACCCAACUCUUUGGGAUGCAUGAAUGAGCAAGUGUUCACGGGGCAGUGUGCAGCUGAAGAGGGAAAGGGUGAACCAGUUGAUUCAAACAGUGCCAACUAGUGAAAGUUGACUAGGGAAAACUUUUCCCCGGAAACAAAUAGGGAACCGGAAACCACUCCCUGAACGGAUUAUAAUUGGAUAACACAGAUUUUUGGAAUAACCAAGUCGUCUCAAUGUCCAACCUUAGGAUUAAGGAUGAUCUCUACUCCAAACCAACGGUUCCGAAUCUCGACGAUCCUCAGAAGCCCCCAUUUUCCUUGUUCCCAGCUCAAUUUUACAAAAAUCUCUUCGCAGCCUCCGCUUCGCUUCUACAACAAAAACCACCAUCUGCAACAACUAUUCAAACUCCAUCCCCCCAUCCGCCCUCCCAACAUCAUCACCACCUCCAACAUCAUCCCUCCCCGGAAGAUGAGAAAGCGGAAGAUCUUUCAACUCCCGGUCCAUCACCCUAUCCACACUUCCCCCGGAAUCUCCUCUUCUCGCCUGCUUCACCACCAACUUCGACCACCCACGAAGAUGAAGAUCAACCAUCGGCGGGGGCCGGCAGCAACAAACAUCACCCACCACCCAGUACCCCACCCCCACACAGACCCAGCUCCUCCACAUCCUCCUCCCUGUUAUUGGCGACCGGGGAGGAUGUGAAAAAUGUUGUUUCCAGCAGCUCCAAUGAGCAGCAGCAUCAACAAUCCCACCAGCACCAUCAUCAACAACAGCAGCAGCAGCAUCUUCAAUCCCUGCAGUUGCAACAGCAACAAUCCCAACAUCACCAAGGCCAGGGAAGGCAGCAAAGUGAGAAAACGCCAUCAUCCUUCCCGUGGCUCUCGGACAGCACCAACAACAACGACUACAGCAAGGCGAACAACAACAACUGUCGAAGUCAUCCGCCGGAAGACAGCAAAUCCAGCCUCGGAUCCCCUCGAGUUUCCGGAAGUCAUCUGCAUCACCACUUGCAGCAUCAUCAAAUCCAAGGCCCAGGGCUACAUUCCCACCAACAACAACAGCAGCAGCAGCAAGGACAGCUGUCCUCCUCUUCUCAUCCUCACUCGGACGGGGCAACCCCCGAUAGCAGCAGCACCACGGCGACCGCAGCCAUUCCCAACUUUAACCAGAUGCCCGUCCCGGGGGGUGUCCAGGGCCAGAACCCGACCCAGGGGCUGGUCCACUGGAUGAGCGCCGUCAUGGCCGAACACAUGACCGGGAACUCGCACCACGAUCCGGCCGUCGGGAUGCACUACAUGUGGAACGGACCGGUGGAGCAAUGCGGCCAACACACCAAGGAUAUGGACUCCUACAGCGGCUGGCCAGCGCCGAGAAACCACAUGUCCAUGAAGCAAGGAUAUGAGGCCAAAAUGAACGCGGUUGACCAUCAUCAUCACAAUAAUCUACAAAAAGGUCACAUGAUCGACGAUGGCCGGCUGCUGGACCACCACCAUCAUCACCAUCACCAUGGAAUGCAAUCGGCGGCUCAGAUGAGCCAACUCUAUGGAACCCGAGGAGCUCCCGGAGCCAACGGAUCCCCCGGAGGUCACCACGUGCAUCCGAACUCCGCAGCCCUCCUGGUAGUUCCUCAACCCAUCAGCGCCACCAAGCUCGGACCGGGCCUCCCGAAUGGAACAGGCCGGAAGUACCAGUGCAAAAUGUGCCCUCAGAUUUUCACAUCGAAAGCCGAUCUUCAGCUGCACACACAGAUUCAUAUGCGCGAGGCGAAACCCUACAAAUGUUCCCAGUGUCAGAAAGCGUUCGCAAAUUCUAGCUACCUGUCCCAGCACACCCGGAUACACUUGGGCAUCAAGCCAUACCGAUGCGAAAUUUGCCAACGCAAGUUCACCCAGCUGUCGCACCUACAGCAGCACAUCCGAACGCACACCGGAGACAAACCGUACAAAUGUCGUCACCAGAACUGUAUGAAAGCAUUUUCCCAACUAUCCAAUCUGCAGUCACAUUCCCGCUGUCAUCAGACCGAUAAACCGUUCAAAUGCAAUUCCUGCUACAAGUGUUUUACCGAUGAAUCUGCUUUGUUGGAUCACAUUCCAAAGCACAAGGAAUCGAAACACCUAAAGACACACAUCUGUCAGUACUGUGGAAAGUCUUACACGCAGGAAACGUACCUAUCCAAGCACAUGCAGAAACAUGCUGAGAGAACCGAUAAGCGACCACCGAUUGGAACCCGAAGUAGUAGCAGCACUCUCAACUUGAACACGAAUAACAACUCCAACACUACCACGGUCACUCCGGCCUCUUCGAUGCCAACUAGCACAGGCACCGCAACGGGAGGAGACAACCCGUACUGGCCAAAAGUGAGUCCCGAUUCAGCGGCCAACAUGACGGAUGUGCUUCAACAGCAACAAUCUCAAACCCAACCGAGCCAUCACGACUUCAACCUGAAUCAAAACGGCAACAAUCAAACGCCAAACGGGCACAGCAAUGACCUGCACCACCACCGGGAUGAAAACGUUGAAGAUCUGGUAUCGUCCGGAGGUCGACAGAACUCAUCAACCAUGAACGGACCGAAUCCAACGCCCAACGGAACCAUCUCGCUCCCACCAUCCUCGACGCCAAUGUCCGCUACCAGCUACGACAGCAUAGCCGUGAAGGCCACGUCCUCGUCUGCGCCAACCAAUUCCGCUUUCACUCCGAUCAACGCGAUGGCACCGCAUCUGAACACCCUGCAGCACCAUCACCAUCCCUCGGUUCACCAUCAGCUGGCUCAGAGGCCACCGGCUUAUCUGUACGAUGCCAUCGGUUUUCCUACCGGUAGUGGUAAUCCGCAGGCCAAGGUCGGAGGCUUGAAUCACCAAGGAGGUGGAAAUCAAACUGGUCCCGGAGCUAGCUUUCCGAAUCAGUUGAUCUCGCUGCAUCAGAUCCGUAACUACGCCCAUCAACCGGGUGGAGGAUUGAUGGCCACCGGAGAGAAUUUGCUGGGAGUGACCGUAGGUGCCGGUGGAAAGGAUAAGGGUUAGAAACCUGGCGCGUUGAUACACCGGCAGUUAGAGACAAGUGGCGAAAUUUCGAAUGGAAUGUGAAACUGUAAAUUGAUGUUGAAAAUUUUAAGUUCAAAGCAGAAUUUUUUAAAUUUAUAUUUUUUAAGUUGUAACAGAUUGUACUGGGUCAGAAAAUCAAUAUAUCUGAAAUUACAAAAAAAAAUGCUUCAGAUUUGAGAAAUUGAUAUUGGUUCAAACUAUUAGGGAGAAUUGAAAACUUCAAGAUUUGUUCAAAAACUUUUGCACACCAUCAAUUUUGUUCGCUAAAUGUUGUCCACGAUGAAAUUGCCACACACAAAAUUGAUUCGGAAAAUUGGAGUUUUCAUCCGAUGGCCAUCGAAUUUUUAAGGAUUGAAAAAUAACUAUUGAACUUCAUUUUACCAUUUUCCUCGUAUUUUAUUUACAGUCCAUACGCAAAUGCCCGCAUCUUGGCCUUAACCCCGGCCAUAAGAUUCUGCACAACCUGUGAAUCAACCGUUUUUUGCAUGAAAACCCAUAUUUUCUUCAGUUCCUCGACUGUCUUCACUACCUUAGGUCGUUUAAAAAGGUGGUGCUUCAUAAUCGCCCAGUACUUCCAUGAUUUCGUCAGCAUGUUGAGGUACAAAUCCCUGACACGGGUUUUGGCGGACUUGUUCUGCUUCUCGUCGCAAUAAGAGGCUUUUUGUACCUUGAACGUUCGAAGCCCAGCCUUAGUUUUUGCCUUCUGCACAAAAUUUCGACUUAGGUGCAGUUUCUUAUCCACAUCCCGAACGGAGGCGGUCGGGUUCGUAAGAUAAAUCGUUCUCGCCCGACUCAGCAACAUUGGUACUAUACAAACUUUGAAUCUAAAACUUUUCCCCCAUCGAUUGGUCUUUUCUAGAUUACUAUCCUAUCAUCCUCCAAACUUUACAAUUGCUUCAUCAUUUUUUUUACAACAUGGAAAUUUGACUUUAAACCAUCACAGCCGGUUGUUUACUGCCGUGAGUGGGUUCGUCCCACUAAAACCACUUUAUGCUUGGUUUACCAGAUAUUUCCCUUGGUUUCACCGUUUCAUCCUAUGAUACUACAUCAAGGGGUAGGGUAUGCUCAUGCACUUAUACAUCUCACCCUUUUUACUUCAUCCUCCUUCUACUUUCCCUCUUUCGCCAACUUCAGACUGGUAUGUAGAAUCCCGAAACAUGUACCGAGUAGAUUACACUUUCAAAAUAACUCGCGCCCGUCACAGCAUUUCCAAACACCAGGGCAUGGCCGAUUGGGAAACUUCCAAGUUAGAAUCCCGUCCCGACCACCCCGGAUAGUUUCUCCGCUUCCUCUUGCUGCAGAAAAGAUGAGACCUUUUAAGUCUCACCGAACGUAUGAGUCCUGAUCAGGGCUAAACCGCGCCCUAAAAUUGCGUUGCUUUUGAUUCGUAGUGUCAUACGAGGCCCAAGACCUUCCUUUAGCUUAUUAAGUUAGAUUGACUAUCUCUCCGUUCAUCCUCUCUCCUGAUUCGUAACAAAUCGCACAUGAUCUACGAGAUCUCGUCGUUUAUGGUCCGCCAUAAACGUUCGUCGUGACACAUUUUAUUCCGCCUCGACAUGAACCUGGGACAGAAGAAUAUUGCAUGUUCUGCCGAUUCCUCCGUAUCAACGCAUUCCGGGCAAUAUGGCGAGCUGAUAAGCUUAAACCGAUGAAAGUAUUGCUUGACCCGAAAGAAACUGCGUCAGCCUAAUGUUGACCUAUCCCUACUUCAGGUUUACCCAGUCUGAAAUCCGUUGCUCGAUGCGUCCCAUUGCUCCUGUCACUCGAGCAUUGAUGCUGCUCGUUGAGCUCUACGCACUCCUCUAACAGCUCUUGCUACGCAACAUUCUUAAUCCUCCGCCAGAGUGAUGUCGAUGGGAAUCAUGCCCGCGAUGACAAAAGCUACAUCUGUUGAGAUGAUCUUAUAUGCACAGAAAACUCGCAUGGCUAUCAGCCGAUGUGUGCUCCGUUAUUUAUAUAUGUUGCGCUCCACCUCUAAAGCUAAGCUCCAGUCCGCUCCUCCUUAUCGUAGUUUCGAUAGUGUCACGCUCGCAAGGAGACGUCACCUGCUACGCUUUGGAUUAUGGCAGUUCAGCAUAAUCCAGGCCAGAGAGUUGAUGAUUUUCGACGUACUAUCACAACAGUAUUUGACAUGUACACCGAAAUUUAAGCGGCUGUCGAAGUAUUUCAACUGUUGGAGUGAGUUGGGGUGUCUUCCAACAGUAAUCUCUAUGUGCGGCACAACUCGUUUGUUGGUCACGAAUAGUACCUUGGUUUUAUGGUGAGCUAUCUGAAGCUUGACUCCUUCCAUGCUUAUACCAACCCUUUCUACAGACACCGAUGCAAUGUCUUCAACCUCCUCAAUUGUUUCGCCGGUGAUCAUUAGCACGAUAUCGUCAGCAAAUCCGACCAUCUACGUGCCUGCUUGUUAUUUCAGCGUUAACACCUUGUUAUACAUUGUAUUCCAGAGCAUGGGUCUAAAUAUGGAACCCUGUGGUUCCAUAUUUAGACCAUAUUGUAACCCGGUUUCGAUUUCGAAGGUGUGUGGGUUAUACUGAACACUACUAAUGCCCUAUGCAUAUAUGAGCGCCCUUCCCUCUAACUCGCUAGUCGUGGUUAUGCAUCACUAUUACAACAGACCUUAUUUUGUGGCCACCCGGUCACCAAUCAGGUUAAUAUCAGUUUGGCAUUAUGUGGUUUCCACAAUGGCGAUCCUUCCAGGAACCAAAUUUUUGGGCCAACUAUUGAGUUAAAAACAAAUGGUCGAUGGAAAAUGGUUAAUCCAAAUGUAAUUUAAAUACAAAGUACAAUAUUUCAAAUUGUAUAUGAAGCGAGCCUGAAUGGCUGCGCAAGUAGCGAGCUUGAAUAGCUGCGCGUUAAGCGCACCCGAAUGGUUGUGCAUUGGGCGAGCAUGAGUAGCUGCGCGUGGGCGAACCUCGGUGGUUGAGCAUGAAGCGAGCCUGAAUGGCUGCGCAAGCAGCGAGCUUGAAUAGCUGCGCGUUAAGCGAACCCGAAAGGUUGCGCAAUGAGCGAACCUCAGUGGUUGCGCAUGAAGUGAACCUGAAUGACUGCGCAAGUAGGUUGCGCAUGAAGUGAGCCAGAAUACAUACGCAUGUAAGGAGCGAGCUUGACUAGCUGCGCUUUAAACAAACCCGAGUGGUUACGUAUGAAGCGAACCCGAGUUGUUUGGCAUUAAGUGAGCUUCAGUAGCCGUGCGUUAAGCGGCCCGGAGCGGUUGCGCAUUGAACGAGCUAAAGUAGCUGCGCAUGAAGCGAGCCUGAAUGGCUGCGCAUGUGGCGGGCUUCAGUAGUUACGCGUUAAGCAAACUCAAGUGGUCUAAGAGUCUAAGUGGCCGUGGAGUGCUUGUGCGUUAAGUGAUCAGUGGCAAUUUAGCGAGUUUAAAUUGCGGCAUGAUAAGCGUGUUUAAGUGGCUGUGCGACAAAUGAGCCAACUAGAGCUAGAGAUGCUGCGUAGCAAGCGAGCUUGAAUGACUGCGCUAGACCUAGAUUGAACAGCUGCAUGAUGCACAGUUUUGUGCAAUAAGCAUGUCUUGGGAAAAGGGAGGUGACGCGAAUCUGAACGUCAAAAUCUGCAAUAUAAAAGAAUUGCAACUGGAUGUUCAACAUGCAAAUACCAAACAACUCGGUCAAUGUGGUCAAAGCUGAACAAACAUCCGCAGAGAAAUUUAUAAUAUAGCUUCCGUGCAUGAUACUUUGUUAGGCGCAUUCAAACUUAAACGUGCAUGGUUUGUGAUGAUCGCUCGAUCAUUUGUCCUAUGUGUUCCUGUGCAAUUCUGAUUUAUGCCGGGAAAGGGACCGCUUAGAGGAGCAACUUCGGGCCACACGUCUUGCCUCGUCGGUCGUCGGGAAUCAAGAGCCCGCCUCAGCAUGGCGACUGUUACCAAGAGCCCGGAGCAAAAGUGCUCAUUAGAAGGGCCCGUGCCUCGAGCUUUCACCAUAUGUAUGUUCAGGUCUCAUCACUACAUUAGGGUGUCCCACACAGUUCCUCGAAGAGGUUGUUCGUUGAAUGAAGCUAUCGUCAAUUUUGCCAGCGUCGAGCUCAUGCCGGCAAGAGAGUGCUAUGCGGGAAUGCAAGAAUCCAGAAUGAAAGUUUACGACUGUGGGUCGUUAGUUGGCACUGUUCAGACAAAGGACUGCGCUGUUUAAGUCAUUCUUGAAGCGCAUUGAUGAUCCAUUCGAUAAUUCACAUUGAUUAUAGCAGCACACCAUGAUCAUCACGGCAAGCAAUCAUGGUUCGUUAUUCCCUUUGCUCCGGCGGGUAAAGGAGAAACAACCAGUGCAGCGGUCGAAGCUUGGAUGGACACCUUCGAUAUUGGUGAACUCCUCCUUGCAUUGCAACCAUCAUUACAACAACCGAAAGAUACUACUGUUUUUUUCAGUACUUUUGUUUUUGGGAGAGGAGGGUGAAUGUGUGGGUUAUACUGAACACUACUAAUGCCCUAUGCAUAUAUGAGCGCCCUUCCCCCUAACUCGCUAGUCGUGGUUAUGCAUCACUAUUACAACAGACCUUAUUUGUGGCCACCCGGUCACCAAUCAGGUUAAUAUCAGUUUGGCAUUAUGUGGUUUCCACAGAAGGUUAAGACGCGAUUUACAAAAAUGCUUUCUAUUAUCCUGCCUGAUACCCUCAUCGGGAACACGCAUUCUGUGAAACGCUUUGACACUAGCUUCCCAGCCAGCGUUGAUGAAUGGCAUUUUGAACAUCAAUCGUCACAACGGUACAAUGACGAACACCUUUCCUCUUCUUUUGAUAUGCGCGUUUCGCGUGUUCUGGCACCAUUCGGAUGGCGUCUACUGUGAAUCUCCCUUUCCGGAAACCGAAUUAUCUGUUCAACUGUUCACUUUCACCCUCUGUGCAGAUAGCUAGUCUGUACAAGACUAACCUCUCUUGUAGUUUACCAAGGGUAUCCAAUAGACAGAUGACGGAUGCCCUGGGGGUUUUAUCGGUUUCGGUAGUAACACCGGCUUCGCAGUUUUCCACAGGUUGAGGAAAGAUUCCUCGUCGAGACACUUUUGUAACACCACUCUGAAAGUAUCUAGAACAGGGAAGCAAAUCGAACCGAUCUUAUAACGAUAACUGGUUUAUCACUUGUGUAACACUUAGCGAUAAAUAUGAGAACGUGAUGACUUCUUAUUCCUUUCCAAUGCCGAUCAAGAUAACUCGUUCGAACUUCAGAUUUCUUGAUGUGCGCCCCGCGCAAUUGUUGGUAUUUUUUGUUAGUGCGUCUACCGAUCGGGUCGGCCCGGCCCGGCACCUUGAGCGCCAUCAAGCAAUUGUUGGUAAUUUUGUUGGUGCGUUUACCGGUCGGGUCGGCCGGCACCUUGUGCAUCAAGCAAUUGUGAGUGUCCUCCUUGGGUGCCAGCAGAUUGUUGUUGCAUAUCCUUAACGUUACGAGAGACGAUAAAUUUGAAUCGGUAAGCACAACUUAUCGAGAGCAAAAUUGAAGUUGAUAAGCGUUAGGUAUAGUGUUCUUGAGGAUGAAAAUCUCUCUCACGGGUGUUUUGAUCGGCAAAUUCUAUCGGAGGAUAACGAUUUUUGGAUUCCCUUAUCUAGAAUGGUCUGUAUCGUCAUUUUCAUCACUUAAUCCGGGAUUCCGUCCGGGCCAAGGGCCUUCAUAACCGUAAGUUUCUUAGCAAUGUCCACAAGUUCCUCGUACGUUACUGGCUUGCUAUCGUGGACUCCCGCGUCGGACACUUUUCGGUCGGCGACCUCGAGCCACCAAAUCUCGCUAGUGUAACUCUAUAGGCUUGACCCUGGACAUGGUCAUGUCGCACACCACUACUUUCAUUGUCGUAAGCUGUUCAGCGUUUUGCACUUGCGAUGAUCCCUGCAUGUUUAUAGCUUCGACGCAGACUUCCUGAUCAAAAGCAUUUGUCUUCCAUCUCCGCUCUUGGACCGGCGGAUGUCUCGCAACAACAAGGUUUCGGCGUCUUACGCUAUAGCGUAUCACUUGGUGAUCGAUGUGACAUCAAUCACUGACGUUGUGUUAGGUAUUCCAUGCUUGCGAAAGGAGCUGGUAACUCCAGUGUAACACAGCUCAACCUCCAGUCUAGCGAAUGCCUCUAGUAAGUUGUGGUCUUUAGGGCUAUUGCACCUGCUACCCCAGUCAUCCGUCCAAGCGUUAAAGUCUUCUCCUAUCACUAGAGGGGCCUUCCCUGUCAAUUUGUGAGCGAGUUCAUCCAACAUUGUGUUGAUCUCCCCGAUCGUCCAUCUUGGUGGAGCGUAGCAGCUGCAGAAGAAGAUGCCGUUAAUUUCUGCACUCACGAACCUGUCACUAACUCCUGAAUGGAAAAAGCCCGGUGAGGUAGACAUCAGCUAAGCCAGACCAGCCAAACCCAGUUACCAUUUCCAAACGGAAUUCUGUAUGAUUCUGACAAAAGCACCGAAUCGCAUUUCUUUUCUCCUACCGUUUGCUGUAGCAGACGCUCCUAGUAAACAUACAAUCGCAUUAGAAAUGAUAGAUCAUGUCGUUAACAGCGUUACUGCGAAUCGCAAUUCUAUCCAAACGAGUAAACAAUCGUAAAAAUGAUUACUUGAAGUCGGUUAAAGUCGGAUAUGAUAAAAAUUCCGCCGUGUUUGCAGAUUUUGAAGACCAUAUCGCUCAAUUUGCUCUUCCGCAUCGGCUUUAAGUGAGAAAUCAUCAAUAUUGUUCUCUCUGCAAAUUAGACAGUGUAUUCGAAAGAAUUGUCCAAUGAGAAAAGCAGCAAAUAUUAAUACUGGCGGCAACUCAGCAAACAUUUUUGUAGCUAUAUUCUAAUUCUGUUUUGAUAUACGUUCCAUAUACAUUAUUGAAUGAUCGUAUUAAAGUUUAUACAUUUACAUACCAAAGUGGAAGCAAUAUACAUAAUUAAAUUUUAUUUCUUUCUAAAGCGACGAAAACUACACCAACUGGACGUUAUCCGACACCUUAUUCGUACCUGACGGAAGAAUGUAAGAGAACGCAAGAUUUUGCUCUCAUGGCCUGAAAUCGUUGCAGAGACAAUAUUUUCCAGUUCUCUUAUUGGCUAAUCAUAACUCAAUUCCCAACUGAUUUUUUGCCAUCUGGUUGCACUGCUGGUUGCAGAAAGAACGUAACGAUGAUUUUCUCACUUGCAGCACGCGCGGGAGCAAAAUCAUUUCAAAAUUGGAAAAUAUGGCAGAUUUUCUUUCAUAUACGAUUUAAACUGACUUCAGGCGACAUUUUAUACGAUCUUUUUACUAUGCAGUUGGAAUUGCGAUUCGCAUCACCAUAGUAAACGACUUAGUUUAUCUUUUCUGAUACGAUUUUUUGUUUUCUGGGUAGCGUGUUGGCCGCUGUUGAUGAGAGACCAAUCUUCGCAAUCUGCAUUCCACCGUACGCCUUUCUUAGUUUUAUAACUACUGAUUCGUUGCUCAUGCCAGGUAUGCUGAAGAGUGCUUCCUCGAGCUCCUCUGCAGUGGUAAACUCAUCCUUGGUAAAUGUCAGGACCUGCGACCUGCGACCAAGGAAUGCGACCUGCGCUAUCCAAGCGCUAUGGACAGUAACUUCAUCGCUUAGAGUGCUUUCAACAAGCUCCUUGAAGUCGGCGCUUUUUACCGACGGGUCUGUUUUUAGCUCGAAAAGCAGUUCGCCUUUUUGGGUGCGUCUUGUUUUGGUGACGCUCUCGCCAAGAGCAGUAACUUUGGCUCUGCGCGUAGCUUCCGGAAUAGGUCAGCAUACGUUGUGCCUUCUUUUGUUUUCACGAUAAGGGCCUGCCUCCUGGAAAUUACCCGUUUAGGUUUGAGUUUUGGAGGUGGUUCUGGCUUCAUGACGACCUUUCUUUUCGCGUUCUCCAUUCUAUUACGAAUCAUUCGUCAGCCUCCAGCAAUUGCUUCAGCAUUAUGGGAACGCUUGCGCUACCUUUUUCCCACUAGAUGUCUGUUGUUGAAGGGAAAGACUUUACUAUUUGGAGGUAGAACUUGGAAUACUUUAUUACAAUACAUUAUAUCCUAUUUAUACUAAAACCAUCUCUAUGGUACCAUUAAUAACACUACCAUGCCUGUGUUGCUAUUCAUCUCAUGGAUUGCUUCAAUGAGACGAAUUUCAGCACUCCUCCUCAACAAACGCAUUCGCAGUCUCCUGACUGCCUUCGGCGUCUCCUCCUGAGGAUGGAGCUACCGGACGUACCGGAACACGCGCUCGCCCCUGUUGCAUCUCGAUGACCUUUCAUAGGACCAGUUCGACGACCUCCACCGGGAUCUGGCACGACGAUCUCCAGUGGCUUCCGAUCCGACGACCUCCCAAUUGCUCUGGCCCGACGACCUUCCAUGGCUCUGGUCUCGGCGCUCUUCCUGCGGCUUGACACUUCCCUUCCACCUCGACUCCUUUCUUGAGGCCUGAUGUUUCUAGUGGUCUAGCAGGAAGACCUUCACUUGGCGUUCCAGUCCAACGACCUUCCAUGGAACCGGCUUGACGAUCUUCCGUGGUACCCCGCUCGUAAGUCCUCCAGAGGCUCCUGGCCCAACGACCACCACCUGGUUCCUGACUUGACGGUGUUCCAUGAUACCGCCGCCUACCUUCCAUGGCUUUCGGUACAACGACAUAACAGUGAAUCUGGCCCGACGACUGCUUCGUUGUCUAGCGACCUUCCAUGGAACCGGUCCGACGAUCUCACAGUGACUCCGGUCCGACGACUUUGUUGGUUCCGCACUUCCGUUUGCUCUCGACUCGCCGACCUUCUAAGGAUCCGACCAAACGACCUUCAGUGGUACCUGUCCGACGACCUCCCGUGUUUCCUAGCUUGUCGACUUCCACCUAGCUUCCCGAUUUGAUGAUUUUCCAGUUGGUUCCUAGUCCGACAACUUUCCAUGGUCUCCUGCUCGCCGACCUUCCAGUGGCUCCGGCUCAACGAGCUGCGUAUGGCUCUGUACCGACGACCUUCCAGUGGCUCUGGUUCCUGCCUCGAUGACCUCCAAAUGGUUCCUGGUUCGUUGUCCUUUCGGGCUUCGGCUUGUUGCCCUUCCAUCGGCGCUGGCACUUCUUGCCACUGUUGAUUCCGCUUUUCCUCCUUUCAACUAGUGCUGGGCUUAUAACCUGUUGUGCAGCACUUGGGCAGUUGAAAGGAUAGACUUUACUAUUUGGAGGUAAAACUUGGAAUACUUUAUUACAAUACAUUGUGUCUUAUUUAUACAAAAAUCAUCUCUAUAGUUACAUUUCCUAAUUGUUUAUUUCUAAUAACACCACCAUGCGAGUGUUGCUAUUCACCUCAACGAUUGCUUUGAUGAGACGAAUCUCAACAAUUUCACUCCUUUAAAGGCCAGUUCCAUCAGUCACUAGAAUCGCACGGUUAAAAUGUCAUUUAGAACACAUCGUAACUGUAAAACUUUACGAACCUUAAACUUUUUUUUUACUUUUAAAGUUAUUCCGGGACUUUUUAGUUCAUCUUCAUUGAUCUUCUGACCCAGUUAACUGUUCUUCGACAGAAUUCCUUUCCAAAGUCUCUGUUCCUGAAUCGACAGAUACGAAAUCAUAAUCAGCAAACACGAUUUAUUUAACACGAGUUAUACGAUUAAGGCAAUUUGAGAAAAAGACAAAAGAAAAACGACACAAACUUGGCAAAAAAAACGAGGCCCUAAGAGGUGUAAAUGUUCCUUAGAUUUUUUUUUUCGUUCGUAACUAACCUUAAGACAGCAGACAGCAUUUAAAAACUAAGCCAAGAGGUGUAAGAUCACACUUUUAUUGUAAAUAAAGAAUAAAAUUAAAGAAUGCAAGAAGAAACAGGCUAAAGUUCUGUUACAAUAAUUCCAGAUGAACAAGUUGUGUGAACAUAGAAGGAAAACAAACAAACAAAUGCAGUGAGGCUAACACAAAAAAAAGUUGAAGCUGGUUCUCAAACAAACAGUUCUUAACUUGGUUCAUUUUCUUGAUAUUUUUGUUUCUAAAUACAACUGUAAGCAUUUAUGAAAUGUACAAUUAGUUAAGUUUCCCGUUUGUAUUGUUUUGCUGCUAAUUUGUUCUAAGUAAUGAAAUUUUAUCCAUCACAACAAACAGGCACCGAUCGAUUUUAGUUGCAAUUUGUACGCUCAAUAGAGAAGGAAACAAUAACGGAAACGAAAUUGUUAGAAAAAUGAAAUCGUAAACUCUAACCAGUUUAGCGCUAAACCACUACACAAGUAAGCUGUGCAAUUUUAAACUAAUCUUAUUGACCGUCCAUCUUAUGAAAGAAGAAUCUUUGUAUGGGAAUAAUUAUUAUAUAAUCUGAUGUGUACGUAAAACAAAACUACUCUAAGUUAGUGAAAUCAUUUGGAAGCAUUUUGUUUCUUUUCUAACAGAAAGGUAAAGGAAAGUUAUAAACGCAAACUUAAAGAUCGUCGACUAGUAUGAAUGUCGGUUGAAAUCCUCAAACGGAAGAGAUAAAACUAAAUAUUCAAAAGAUGUGAACUAUAAGAAAUCUUAUACCGUAGGAUACCUAUAAAAAAAAAACCUUAUUGAAAAGGUGACGAAUAAGUAAAAUUUUCAGAACAUCAAUCACUCUUAUCAAAACCUAUUAAAUAUUUGUGUAAAAAAAAAUACAAACGUAAGAAUACAAGUGUAUUUUCUAAGAACUGUGAUAAAAUAAUGAAGAUAAUUGAAUGAAAGUUUUUAAGUAAAACAGUGUCACUAAUGCAUAAAAGAGAACCACAUUUUUUAUCGACAUGAACACACUAAGUUGAUUUUAAUUUUAGACUAUUUUCGUUUGAAGCUGCACACGUUCUUAUCAAUUGCUGUUAGGGGUUUGUUCGAAUGAAAUGUAACUCAUUUGUUUUCGCUUUCAAAUUAUGAAAGCUUUCAACAACGAACCACGUGAUCUAUUUGAUUUCUCACAAAUUCGUCGAAAUCCUACAAUGAUUCGUUCAACUUUCACCUUCACAAUACCAAUUUGCAUUAUGCUGAUGGAAGCAUUAUGCUGCAUGCAACGUCAAGUUAAUGUCAAAUUCGAUUUGAUACCAGCUAAGAACACAUUAUUGAGAUAUGAUAAGACAUUCACAGAUCCUGAACACACACACAAAUAAACACACAAGUAUACACUGAACAAACAAUUUAUCGAAAACUUCAAUCUUUAGAAGAAAUUUCAAACCUUUUCGUCGUAAACGUAGAUGUAAACAAAACUUUAAAAAAAAAUCGAAAUGAGAGAUAAAAAGUGCAUGAAAAAAGAUACCUUUACCGAAAAAUGUGGUUUAAAAAGCAUGAAACUAUCAAAACUAUUUCUUAGAAAGACCGAUGGAAAAUAAAGAAGAAAACUAGAAAUAAAAAAAAACCUACGAACAGUUUAGCAAAAAUCUAAAGGUUGCAGUUAUAUUUGUACGAAAAUGAAUGACGGUACAGCCCUACUAGUUUGGAGAGUUCGAAUCUCCAUAAGGUUUAAUCGAAAAAGUGGAAUCAAAACUAAAAGCGAUCUACUGAUAUCGCCACAACUAUGGAACUAAAGAGAAAAGCAAAAGAAAUGAAAAGUAUCCCUCCUGGAAAAGCAAAAAACUAUGGUAUGAAAAAAAGUAAACCUGAUCAAUGAUCAUCCUGAAAAAAACACACAGAACGGUUGAAACUGUGUAUGCUAAUGAUCAAGAUGACGAUGGUUGCAAAUAUCUUGUACACACUAUAACUUUCCUUUUUGCUAGGAAUCGAACGAUCAAAAUAAAGUCUUAUAAAUGUAUGUAAAACAUGUG